UGACCGUCCACCGACGCUUUAACUGCCAUCUAACAGGAUAUUUAAACGCCGCCGUAGACUGGACAAGUGAAGACUCUUCAGGUGAAAAUGUGACGCAGAGAUUAACAGUAGCUGCUCCACAAACAUAGUAUGCAUGCAGUCAGGAAGUCAUGUGAGCUGUGUGACAAACAGGAAGGAAAACAAAAGGGUGCAGACACAUUUGUGAGAAGAUGAUCUACUGGAUCCUGCUGCUCUUCAGCCUGACCAGCUGUGUCUCUGCCUCUCCAGGAACGAAUAAAGUGACGCUGACUCAGCCGUCCCAUGAAGCAGAAUCAGAGGAGAACCAGAACGUCACACUGGAGUGGACGUUCACAGCUGUGGACAACUUCUUGGUGGACACCCUUCAGAUCCUCUGUGACAUGACCUCUGAUCUCAAAGCUUCAGUCCUGUUUGAUUUCACUGAAGGCGUCGGGAUCACACCGAAGGAUGGAGAGUUUGCAGGACGAGUUCACUGGGACAAAGACGCCAUCAGAGAUGGACGGAUCCGGCUUCGCCUGUCCUCGCUCAGGAUGAAUGACUCGGGUCGGUAUGGGUGUGUGGUGUGGGCGGGGCAAACUUCCAACAAGAGCUCCUACAAGCUCCGUGUGACUGACAGAUCUGUUCUUCUUACAGCAGCGAGGGCUCGGCGUGAACCAGUGACUGAACCAGUAGCCAAACCAGUGACUUUGUCUGAGAAACCAAAUGUGGAACGCUGGGGGUGGAAAGGCAUCCUCGCUUUACUGGCAAUGACGUCUGGAUUCAUCGCUUUAGUGGUUGCUUUUACACUUAACAGUCUUUACAUUUUGCGCUUUUUCAAAGGAAAGUUCAAGCAAAUUAUAACCUACCAGAAAACUGAAAUGCGCACCUUAUUCUCUGAAGGUCACAGACCUGAAAUAAGUGUGUAGCAAUUUUACUUUUGCACUUUAAAACACAUCUCAGACAAAGUCAGAGGGGACAAUUCGCUGGUCUUGGCCUUAAAAAGUAAGGUCCAGGGCCACGCUCCAGGAGAAUUUUCUCCCCAUAAGGCAUUCAAAUGUAUGGCGGCACUUUUCUGCCACUUAAAAUAGAAAAAAAAAAGUCAGGUAAGGAUUUUUUUUUUUAAAUCCCUUAAGUUAAAAUUAUGAGGGAUUAUGACAUCCCGAGUCAAAGCAAGUCAAAAUAAUGAUUUAAUUAUUAGAUAAAAAAACAUACCUAUGAGAUACAAAGUCAAGAGUAUGAAAUAAAAACUCAAUAUUUUGAGAUUAAGAGUAUAAAAAUUUCAUAUUUCUGAGAUAAAGAGUCCAAAUUUUGACAUAGCAUGUCUAAUUUAUUGAAAAAAUAGAUUAAAAGUUAGAAUCAAAUAAUAAAAAGAGAAAACUGAGAUAAAAGUUUUUUUAAAAAAUCUGAGAUAAAAAUUCAAAACCUUGAGAUAAAAGUGUUUAAAAAACUGAAAUAAAAAGUCCAUACUGUGAGAUGAAAGUUAAAAAAAAUGUGAUUAAAAAGUUUAAGCAAAGGUAAAGUUAAAAAUAUAAGAUGAAUUGAAAUUAUGAGAUUAAAAGCCAUAUGUUUGACAGAUGGUCAGAAGUUAUGAGAUGAAAAAAAUAAAACUUUGUAACGAGAACUAAAAAAUUUGAUGGAAAGUCAAAAUUAUGAGAUAAAAAUAUUUUUAAGAUUAAAAGUCUGUAUUCUCAAAUAUAAUUCAAAAUAAUCACAUAAUUAGUCAGUAUGAUACGCUAAAAUAUUGGUUAUGAGAUAAAAAAAAACAUAAGAUGUAAAAUUAUUGUCAAACUUAUGACAAAAAUGCUAUAUUGUUAGAUUUUUUUUAAACUAUCUUUUUUAGCACCUAAAAUGCAACAUUUCUUGUGUGGACGAGAGUUGCAGGGUUCUCAAGAUAAAAUUGUGUGAUAGAAAAAUAAGAAAAUUCAGAAAUAUGUGAAAUGAAAAUUAAAAGAUAAAAAAUUUAUAAUUAUAGCAUAGAAGGUCAGAAUUAUGGGAUAAAAAAAAUAUUUUUGAGAUUAAAAGUCCAUAUUCUGAGAUUUAAUUCAAAAUAGUCACAUAAUUAGUCGGUAUGAUGAUCUAAAAAAUUGGUUAUGACAUUUUAAAAAAUAAAUUAUAAUUGUUAAAUUAUUGUCAAAGUUAUGAGAAAAGUAUCUCAAGAUAAAUUUAUUCACAACUAAAAUGCUAAAUUUUUUCUGCAGACAGGAGUUUCAGGGUUCUAAAGAUAACAAAAUUAUGAGAUAGAAAAGCAUAGAAGUUCAAAAUGAUGAGAUAAAAACUAUAGUUAUGAGAUGAAAAGUAUAAAUUUAAGAUAAAGUUUGAAAUUAUGACAUAAGAAGUCAACACCAGCUUCUUUUCAUGAAUUACUUUAACAAAAUCAUGACUCACUAUCUCAUCAUUUAAACUUUUACUCUCAUAACUCUGGUUUUUAUCCCAUAAUGAUGAAUUAUUUCAGAAUUUUGACUUGUUAUAUACUUAUUUUAUUAUGAUUUAUAUUUCACUCAUUACCUUAUUUUAGUGUUUUUCCUUUUAAGUGGCGGACAUGGACUUCUACACAGAUGGCCUUUUUUCUGGACAAGAUUUGAAAUGCCAAAGAACCUGUAUGUCACUGGGGUAAAUAAAUGCUUCCAUCUCAGAUUAAUAAUCCCUCAGAGUCAACAUUUCUAGCAUCUAACUGUUCCAGAACAACCGUCGUUUCCAAUUAGACAUGAGACAGAUGUCUGUUUAUCUCUAAAUAUACAGACAACACCUCUCAGUGUUCAACAACAGGAAGUGCACUUUGAUAGCGAUGGAUGGAAGCCUGAUAGAAAUUACCCGUAGCCAUGGAGGAAAGGAUAAUUCUGUAGUUUAGAAUAUGUGCUUGGAAAUUGAUCACGGCAAAUAUGAGACAAAAAUUGCACAUCCAGAAAAAAGAAUAUUGCAUAUUUUUUUAAGCAUUUCAUUCCAAAGACGUAUAAAAGCCAAACGAGCCAGGCCAAGCUAAGUUGUUGAGUCAUUUUAAUGUUUGUUUGUUAGCUAACCUGUUCUUUUCCAACUCUGCCUCCUCACUUUUCGCUUCACAAAGGGAAGUCAACAUUUCUGAUGAUUUUCUGUGGAGGUCUGUGGGCAGAAUGACCAAGUUCAAGACGUGAUUGUCUCAUGACACUGGAGCUUAGCAAUAGAUCAGUUUGGUAGAUUUCUUUUCUUUUCUUUUCUCCAGGACAUAAACUUGUUUAUUUGAGCUGUAAAGUUAAAUGAAGCUCAGAUCAGCUCACUUUUUCAACUAGCCUCUAGUGGCCAAUCAAAGAACUGCACUUUUAAGCACUUAGCAUUUUAGCGUUCCUUCUUUUGAGAACUUAUUACUUAUUUUUGAUUAAUUUUUCAGUAAUGUUGUUUUAAACAUUUUUCAACGUACAAAUUGUUUCAUCUGCACAUCACUUUCGUUGUUUUUAUCGUGUUUAUUUUUGGCAUUGUCUGAAUACUUUGUUAAAAAAUGGUGCAUUAAUUUCAAAGGAGCAUGUUCUGUACAUAUUUUUUUGUUUUAAAUGUAAUAAUUGUAUCUGAUAUUCCUUAAUGUAUACUGUAACAUAUCCAGUGUCUGACUCAAUAUUUAUAUUUUUCCUGCUGAUUGUACAUUUUUAUAAUUUCAAUUCAAACAUCUGUGUGGCACUGAAAAUAUAUUUUUUAAGAUUGUAAUAAACUAAUAAUGUCACUGUCUUUCAAUAAAAAUAAAAUAAAGUUUUUUAUACAUGGUAAAA